AAAGUUAUUUGAUCAAAAAUUAAGCAAACGUCAUGUGCGAGUCACGGCGGCCAUGUUGAAUUUCUUGCAACGCACCACGGAAAUGUCAGCUGGCAAUUGUAGUAUUAUUUCUUUGUAAUUAUUAUAAUAAAGGUGAAGUUUAGACAAAACAUUUUUUCUGUGAUAUUAAGUGAACACAAAAAUUAACAAAUGCCACUUUUGUGUUUUAAUUAGAAGUGAAAAUAUGACAGAAGUUAGUCAAAGGUGGCAUGCGAUUUCUCUUGCAUUUCUAUGGUUUGUGACGAAAUAAAAUGCUCGUAGUCCUAACUAAAUACGUGUAAAUUCCUUUUUAGUUCCUUACGUUAUGAUUUUAAGAGUAUUCAAGUGAUAGUUUUUGUAUUAGAGUGGUUUUUCGUUAGACUGGUUUUUGACCUCCCGUUCUUACACCUGGCCCCGUGAAGUAAGAUUACCUGUGUUCGUGAACCGCAAGAAACAUCUGUUGUUAUCUUUAAAGGAUUGAUAUAAAGGACAAGAUGAACGGCUCCGAAUCCGGGUUCAACCCGGCAUUUAACAUUGCCACCAUCAAACAAGUGGUAAAUGAAGCAAUAGAGAGAGUCGCGCCGGUUUCAGUACGGAUGCCGACUCCUACCCGACUUCGGGACCUCAUCAGGCAAAUUAGGGCCGCAAGAACAGCGGCCGAAGAAAGAAGUGUGGUGAACAAGGAGUGCGCUUAUAUACGGUCUACCUUCAGAGAAGAGGACAGCGUUUGGAGAUGUCGGAACAUAGCGAAACUCCUGUACAUUCACAUGCUGGGCUACCCGGCUCACUUCGGUCAGUUGGAGUGCCUCAAGCUGAUCGCCAGUCCUCGGUUCACGGACAAGAGAGUCGGAUACCUGGGCGCGAUGCUGCUGCUAGAUGAGCGGCAAGACGUGCAUCUGCUCAUCACCAACUGUUUGAAGAAUGACCUGAACAGCAACACUCAAUUCGUGGUAGGCCUGGCUCUAUGCACCCUAGGAGCCAUAGCGUCUCCAGAGAUGGCCAGGGACUUGGCCUCGGAGGUGGAACGCCUUAUAAAGUCCCCUAACGCGUAUAUUAAGAAGAAGGCGGCGUUGUGCGCUUUCCGCAUCAUCAGAAGAGUUCCUGACUUAAUGGAGAUGUUCCUGCCGGCUACUAGGAGCUUGCUGACGGAGAAGAAUCAUGGUGUGCUGAUAACUGGCGUGACUCUCAUCACCGAGAUGUGCGAGAACAGCCCCGACACGCUCAACCAUUUCAAGAAGAUUGUUCCGAAUCUGGUGAGGAUACUGAAAAACCUGAUACUGGCCGGAUAUUCACCGGAACAUGAUGUCAGUGGAGUGUCAGACCCGUUCCUGCAGGUAAAAAUCCUCCGCCUACUCCGAAUACUGGGCAAAAACGACGCCGAAGCCUCAGAAGCCAUGAACGACAUACUCGCCCAAGUAGCUACCAACACGGAAACCAGCAAGAACGUUGGCAACACCAUACUUUACGAGACCGUCCUCUCGAUCAUGGACAUUAAGUCUGAGAGCAGUCUCCGUGUCCUGGCCAUCAAUAUCCUGGGCAGGUUCCUGCUGAAUAAUGACAAGAAUAUCAGAUAUGUGGCUCUGAAUACACUGUUGAGGACGGUCCAUGUUGAUACUUCCGCUGUGCAGAGACAUCGGACAACCAUUUUGGAGUGUUUGAAGGACCCAGACGUCUCGAUCCGCCGGCGCGCAAUGGAGCUGUCCUUCGCCCUCAUCAACGGGCAGAACAUCCGCAGCAUGAUGAAGGAGCUGCUGCUGUUCCUGGAGCGAUCUGACGCGGAGUUCAAGGCUCACUGCUCCAGCGCCAUGGUGCUGGCGGCCGAGAGAUACGCGCCUUCCAACAAGUGGCAUCUUGAUACUUUGUUCCGAGUUCUGCUCAAGGCCGGCAACUACCUCCGCGACGACACAGUAUCGAGCACGCUACAGAUCGUGUCAUCAGCGGCGCCGGAGCGGCAGGCCUAUGCCGCCAUGCGUCUGUGGACCUCGCUCGAGCGAUCCGCAGUUUCCGGGGACGCUACGGAGAAACAGCCGCUUAUACAGGUGGCAGCAUGGACUAUUGGUGAAUAUGGUGAUUUGCUGGUGUCUGAAGCUAGUAACGCUAUUUCUAUGGUCGAUGAGGAUGGUGUUGACGACUUCGUGCGUCCUUCAGAAGAGUACGUGAUUGACGUGUACCAGAAGCUGCUGUGGUCGACGCAGCUGUCCAUCAACACCAAGGAGUACUUGCUGCUGUCCCUCGCCAAGCUGUCCACACGGUUCACCACGCAGCCCAGUCAGGAUAAAAUUCGAGUGAUUAUCGAUACGUUCGGGUCUCACAUCCACAUCGAGUUGCAACAGAGAGGAGUCGAGCUAUCGCAGCUGUAUAGGAACUACGCGCACCUGCGGCCGGCGCUGCUGGAGCGCAUGCCGGCGAUGGAGGGCGCGGGCGGCGACGCGCGCGACGACAGCGACGCCGACCCCAGCGAGCGAGCCAGCCCCGACCACAAGCCCGACCACGUCGCCGACGCACUCCUGGACUUGAUCAUCGGGUCUGACUCCCUGACGAACGGUGACGUGGAGCACAAACCGUCGCAGCCGCCUGCCAGCAACAACAACACCAGCAGCAAUGAUAUCCUGGACCUACUGAGCGGUUUAGACCUAACGCCGUCAGCUCCCGUGAGCGUGGUGAACAACAACACCAUGUCCGCCCCUACUCCCGCGCCGCCCGCCGCCUCGUUGUUACUCGACGGACUGUUCGCUGCGCCUGCGCAUGUGCCCGCUACUAAUGUGCAAGAUCUACCAACAGUAACAGCAUUAGAGAGGAACGGUCUCCGCAUAGUGUUCGGCGUGCAGCGCGGCGCCGACGCCGUCACGCUCACCAUGCGAGCCACCUCCUCCGGCAGCUCAACCCUCACCGACUUCCUGUUCCAGGCUGCUGUGCCGAGGACAUUCCAAUUGGAUAUGAUGUCACCAUCCGGCACCGUUUUGCCGCCACAGGGAGAAAUCACUCAAGUACUCAAAAUCGCUAAUCCAUCCAGGUCAGCACUCCGGCUACGGAUACGAGUGUCCUACAACGUGGACGGCGUCCCGGUGCUGGAGCAGGCAGAAGUGAACAGCUUCCCCGCCGACCUGUUCAACUGACGCGCGGCCAGUCCGCCCGCAUACUGCCUCUAGCUGCUAGCCUGGUACCCACGGUCAUCGAUUGUUUCUUAAACUACGCUGUCCACGUCAAGUAACUUUACAGCUUUGAAUUUGUCUGUUAGUGACUUCAUAAUCAAGAUAAUAAUAUUUUGACGAUCUUUUAUUUAGAACAAAAAAAAUGCGCCCUGAAUUCAGCCAUUUAAUGCUUCGUGCAUUCUCUUUCUUCAAAUUUCACUGUUGGGCGAUCACUAUAUAGUAACCAACUUCAAACAAGUAAAGAAUUGAGUAUAAUGUUAUUUAUCUAAUUACUUUGAAAUGUGGACUCUGGUUGGUGGUCCUUAUGUGCAAACCGAGAUACAAGACCUAAUAUUUCACAAAAGUUUUAAAAUGUAUAAUGCAAUGGCGUAGGUAAAAAAAAAGUGAAUUAUCUCGUGUCUUUGGUGACAAAAAUAUUUGGCAAGUCAUUUUUAUAAUCGAGAUUUAGAUCGAAUUAAAUAAUAACAAAAGUGUUUUAAUACAUUGCUAUAACAAUAGUUUGAUACAAAUGGAAAAAAAAUUCUGCUGCGCUCAGUAGUUGUACAACAAAGAUUUUCUGUUGAGAUUAAUCUAGCUUUACAAAACGGUGUUGUGAUCUGGAUAGCUGAUAAGAUCUCAUUCUAAAUAUAUAUUUAUAUAAAACAAUAUGCACUGCUUAUAUAGGCUUAAUAUUAGCGCUGUCCAACAAACUAUUUUGCUAAAAUGAUUGAUAACAAUCGAUGACCGAUCGACCUUGUUUGUAAUGAUGGCGAUUUCACCCUACUCGACAAAGACUGACCACAGGCCACCUUUUCUUGUUCGCGACACAACCGUCAUGUCGAGAUGUACACAGCUUUUAAUAUAAGCUCACCAGUUUCCACUGAGAUUCGUGAAACAUUCCAUGUGUUACGUAGUGUUUAAAGUUUAUGUCCGCAGAGGGCCCAUUAUGAUUGUUGGCUUAUCGUUGGGUGACCAGAGAGCAAAUGCAAGUCUAUUUCAACUAUAAACCCUGGGGUCAGUAAAGAGGUUUUGCUUUCAUAUUUCUCUGGGCACAUUGCGUCAGUAUUAUAACAAUCUCAAAGCAACCUAUACCAGUGUGUUUUACUUACAGCUUCUAUUACAAAAAUACUAUUUUUCAACUAGCCUUUUCUGUUAAAGGAUAAUGAAAGAGUUGCUUCUACAAUACAUUUCUAGCAUUGCGACACAAAUGAAAAAUGUUGUCAUUAAGAUUUAUUAAAUUAUUGUCUUGUGGUUUCGAGCCUUUAACAUUCCUGAAUUUGAAAAUUUCGCCCUUGGUAUGUUGUAAAUUGAUGUUUUAGAAGUUUUUGUGUCGCUCGCGCUGUACAUAAAUUGAGAUUGUGUAUGUAUAAACGAUUUAUAGUAAGCAACCUGUGAAUUGGAGGGCUGUAUGGAAUGUACUUAAAUAAAAUAUAAAUGAUCACUAAUAUGAUAAAUUUCGUGUGAUAAUGCACCUUAGUACGCAAGCCAAAGUAAUGAACUUGUGUGAAAGUAGUCAUUGAUCCUAAAUACAGUCGCGAGCUAAAAUAUCUAGUCACUCUUGCAUGUUUGUAUUGUAUUUAAGAAGUUUUAUGAACUUUCCAGUCUGUAUAAAUUGUUUUAGAACCCAAUUAUUUAUAAAUUAAUGUUUGUGCCUUGAUGUUUAGCUCGUCAUUGUAUUUUGAAUCAUAUUAUUUAAUUUCCAGAUAGUCCGUGUUCGAUGUCACUAUGUUUGAACGUAGACGACAGCAUUUUGCUAAGAAUAGUUACUUGUGUACGAAACCUGUGAGCCGCUUCAAAUGCUAGCCCGUACUGUUCGUUUUAUUGAGAAUUUUAUAUUUUGCGACGCUGUAAAUAUCGAUAAAGACAUCUCAUCAAACACGUAGUUAUGCAAAUUAUGGAUUUAUUGUUAGAUUUUUACACUCGUUCGGCGACCGCCGGACAUUUUUAACAUUAGUAAUUAGUUAUAUCGUAUGUUUAUUUUCAUCCUAUUUAUGUUUAGGUUAUCGACUAACCAGCAUAUUCUAAUAAAAUAUUGUAGGACUAUGUAAAUCUAGAUAUAAUUUUGAAGCCACUGGAAAUAUAGAAGUCGCACGUGCUCUUAAUAGUUUUUAUAUUCUCUGCAAGGCAUUCAUGUGAUCAUGAAUGCAUAUAUUUUAUUUUUGAUUAUGUAAAGAGAGCUUGGCAAAAGAUUAUAUCGUCAAUUUGGUGCUUCGUUUUACUAUAUCUGAUAAAUAGAAGGCCCUCCACAAUGUGAGAUGUUUAUGAUUUUGUGUAUAACUAAAGCUAUGUGAAAGAUGUACAUAAUGAUUAUAAUGAUUUUAUGUAAAUUGGUUAAUAAAUAUUUGAGAAUGUUUAUAUAAUCAAA